AUGGACAAUAAAACAAUAAAAACCCGCCUCCUUCUGAUAUCAGACACCCACAACACACCCCCUUACCCCCCUCCCACCCCGCACCCCUACCGGCACCCCCUCCCAAUAGCGCACAUCCUCAUCCACUCUGGCGACCUCACAACCAUCGGCAGCUACAAAGAACACACCACCGCCCUGGCGGUCCUCAAAGCCCACCCAGCAGAACUCAAACUCAUCAUCGCCGGCAACCACGACAUCACUCUCGACGAGGAAUACUACGCCGCUCUCCCGGCGACAAGUUUCAAGACCCGGUCCGGACGCGAGGACCCCGCAGCCAUAAAGCAGCUGUAUUGCGGCCCUGAAGCUUACGACGCAGGGAUACGCUACUUGGAUGAAGGACUGUAUUGUUUUACUCUGAGUACAGGGGCGAAGGUGAGGGUGUUUGCGUCGCCGUACACGCCGGAGUUUUGUGGGUGGGCGUUUGCGUAUCCCCGGGGCAGGGAUAGAUUUAAUCCCCUCCCGGAGGGAGCAGAUGCUGCAGUAGCAGGCGCGAGCGUAGUCCCCGACUUCCCUUCUGUGGAUAUCAUGAUCACGCAUGGUCCGCCGGCGGGGGUGCUUGAUACGGUCGUGAACGGCGGGAGUGUAGGCUGCGAAGGGUUGUUUGCUGCUGUGAAGCGGGCAAGGCCGCGGGUGCAUGUCUUUGGGCAUAUUCAUGAGGGGUAUGGUGCGCUGCGAGGGGAGUGGGGAGCGGAUAUGACGUUGGGAGGGACGAAGGUGGUGUGUGAUGAGGAUAGGGUACGUGAGGAGCGAGGGGCGUAUGUGGAUGUUAGCGCUGACUCGGGGCGGCCGCUGCGGUUUGGGGAGGAGACGCUGUUUGUGAAUGCCAGUGUGCUAAAUGAAAGGUAUAGGGCUGUGAAUGCGCCGUGGGUGGUGGAUUUGGAUUUACCGGUUGCUUCCUGA